AUAAAUACCAUUCUCAAUUAUCAGUUUCUCAUAUCCUCUUACAUCCUCAUAAGAAAGAUGGACAUGAACAAUGACCCGGUUGCAUUGGCGACGGUUGCCCCAAUGGCCCCGAUCACAUCCCAACGACCCGUUCGGACAGACCUUGAGUCAUCCAUUCCUAAGCCUUACAUGGCUAGAGCCAUGGCUGCACCGGACAUGGAACAUCCCGAUGGCACACCGGACCACCAGCCUCAAGGAUUGAGUGUCCUCCAGCAACAUGUCGCUUUCUUUGAUCAAGACAACGAUGGCAUCGUUUAUCCUUGGGAGACUUACACGGGGCUUAGAGCUAUCGGGUUCAAUGUGCUACUUUCAUUGAUCUUAGGGCUGGGUUUCAAUCUAACAUUUAGCUAUCCCACCCUCCCAGGUUACAUACCUUCUCUCCUGCUUCCGGUUUACAUAGAAAAUAUACAUAAAGGGAAGCAUCCAAGUGAUUCCGGGACCUAUGAUACUGAAGGAAGGUAUAUGCCGGUUAACUUCGAAAGCAUGUUUAGCAAAUACGCAAAAACUUCACAAGAUAAACUAACACUGAGAGAGCUAUGGAACAUGACUGAAGGAAACCGCCUUACAUUCGACAUCCUGGGAUGGAUAAUUAAUAAGUUGGAAUGGGGAGCUGUAUACAUUAUUGCUAAAGAUGAAGAAGGUUACCUCUCAAAAGAAGCCAUGAGAGGUCUGUUCGAUGGCAGUCUAUUCGACAAUCUUGCGAAGAAGAAUGUAUCCAUGGAAAAGAAGAUGUCAUAGACAGAGUAACAUCAAUCACUAUCAUAUACUUUGUUUUCAAACACUCGUGUUUAUAUUAAAUACGUAACAAUGAUGUUAUGAAAUAAAAUAUAACGUGGUGAUUCUAUUA